GCUGCGUAGACAAUGCCUACAGCAGCAGUCGACGACCACGGCUCUGUGCUAUAUUAUGAAGAUAGCGGCGCGCCAAGUACAUCCAGCGGAUAUGUUACUCUGGUGCUGAUACACGGAACGUGUUUUCAUGGCGCCGGCUUCAGACCCCUUAUACCCUUAGCAAAGGAACAUAAUUUGCGUCUUGUCCUACUCAAUCUCCGCGGUUAUCCCGGAUCGACACCAUAUUCCGACGCAGAACUGGAGCUCUUUCGAGGGACUCUGGAUGAUCAACAAGCAGCCCUCCAGACUCGGGGCUUCGAGAUCGCUACUUUCUUACGUUGGUUCAUCGAGAAUGAGAACAUUCCCAAGAUCCACACUACGGCGGGGAGCGACCAGAAAUCGGGCGGUCUUUCGAUUCUCGCCUGGUCCGGAGGCAACAGUCAAACGCUAUUCUCUUUCGCCAACGCAGACAAAUUGUCAGAAAAUACUCGGGCCCUCCUGGGCGCAUAUAUACGAAGCUUCAUCAUGUACGAUCCGAGCCACACUGCUGUAGGAGUUCAGCCGCCUCCAGGUCUCAAGUCUUUGCUAUUCGAUCCCAUGGCAUCCCCCGAGGAGCAAGCUCUUCAGUUCGGCCUCUCCGUAUCCGCCUACUACCCACCCUUCACACUUCCAAACAGUAUCCACGACACUACCUCGUACGUACCUCGCGGUCCGCUCAACGAUCCCCAGCCCACCACUGCAAAGCUCACGGACCAGGAAAUCCGCGACUUGACCCAUCCGGCUAUCUUCGAGCGUACUCAGCACGCAUUAUGGUCCCCAACGCUGAGCUCGUUAUAUGAGAAGAACGCCCUGCGUGCACUAUUUGACUGCAGACUGCUUGAUGAUAGCAGUGGGGCGAAGAAGAAGGUUUGGCCUGGGGUCAGGGUGCACGUUGUGUGGUGCGAUAUGACAGCGGGCGAGCUUGCGUGGGCGGUGGCGGUCCUGAGGUCUAGAUAUAGGGAGUCAGACCCAGAUGCUCGUAGGGAGAUCGAUUUCCAUAAGCUGGAGGGUGCUAACCAUUUCGUUCACUUGGAGGAGCCGCAGAGGUUUAUAGAGCUUCUCAAGAAACUGGCCUGA